CUUCGUCAUUCGCAUCGCCGGGCUGGCCAAUUUGCUCGCCUCAACACGCGACUUGCAAACUCUUCCACCACCACUUUCUCCUCUUCUGCCUGGCUUAUUACAUUUACUGCCCUGCAUCCAUCUCCCCCGUCCCCAUCCACCGUUCAUCCCUUCGUCUCCCUUCUGCUCUCUCCUGCAGUCCCUCCUCUGUCCGUGUUCGCUUCCCAGGUAGGCGCUGGACCCCCCCACAUCUCGCUCCUCCGAUCGAUUCUGCGCUAAGCUUGCUAAACCAGUGAAUAUCCCUCCCCCUCCAAUAAUCCUCAGCCUCUGCGCUUCCAUUCAACGCCGAACGACGCACCACCACUACGUAUUUUCCGAAUUCCCCAUAUCCCGCCCGCCUCAAAAAAAGCCUUCUGUUUUCGGAAGUGUGUAUGACUGCCAUCCCAGCCUGAUACAUCGUCUCCAAUUGUCGUCCUUCGUGACCCCCGCCGGUAAUCAUGGGUCAGACCUUAUCAGAGCCGGUUACAGAGAAGACGUCUGCAGAGGGCCAAGAUGAUUGCGUUUUGUACGGCGUGUCGGCGAUGCAAGGCUGGAGAAUCAGCAUGGAGGAUGCACAUGCCGCCAUUCUCGAUCUCCAGGCCAAGUAUGUGAACAAAACCGAGGAGCCUACAACACCCGACAAGCGACUGUCGUUCUUUGGUGUAUAUGACGGACACGGCGGCGACAAGGUUGCUCUUUUCGCUGGGGAGAACGUGCACAAGAUUGUCGCCAAGCAGGAGGCGUUUCUGAAGGAUGAUAUCGAGCAGGCAUUGAAAGAUGGGUUUUUGGCGACUGAUCGCGCUAUUCUAGAGGAUCCGAAAUACGAGGAGGAAGUCUCCGGUUGUACGGCAUCGGUUGGAAUUAUUUCUCGUGAUAAAAUCUGGGUGGCCAAUGCCGGUGACUCGCGGUCUGUAUUGGGAGUAAAGGGACGUGCGAAGCCACUGUCUUUUGACCACAAACCUCAAAACGAAGGCGAAAAAGCACGUAUAAGCGCUGCUGGCGGUUUCGUUGACUUUGGUCGUGUAAAUGGCAAUCUUGCCUUGUCCCGAGCUAUCGGUGACUUUGAGUUCAAAAAGAGCGCCGACUUGUCACCAGAACAACAAAUUGUCACGGCAUACCCUGAUGUUACAACACACGAGAUCACCGAGGACGAUGAAUUCCUCGUUAUUGCCUGUGACGGAAUCUGGGAUUGCCAGUCCUCCCAGUCAGUUGUAGAAUUUGUCCGAAGGGGUAUUGCAGCGAAGCAAGGGUUGUCUCGUAUCUGCGAGAACAUGAUGGACAAUUGCUUGGCCUCCAACAGUGAAACCGGCGGGGUUGGCUGUGACAACAUGACCAUGGUUAUCAUUGGGCUUCUUCACGGAAAGACAAAAGAAGAGUGGUACAACAAUAUCGCAGAGCGAGUUGCAAAAGGCGAUGGCCCUGUUGCUCCUCCUGAGUAUGCUGAAUUUCGAGGCCCGGGAGUCCGGCAUCAAUUUGACGACAGCCCCGACGACUAUGACCUCGAUUCGGAUAGCCGCCGGGCAUUCGGUCUUCGUGCGGGCCGGAUCAUUCUGCUAGGGGAUGGGACUGAAGUCCAUGCGGAUCAAGACGAGGAGGAUCUGUUCGACCCUACUGAGGAAGAGAAGAAUUCCGAGAACCAGGUACGAAAUAGCACCACUACUGAUUCCGUCGACGAAGCCCGUAGGGGCUACCGUGAAGACACUCCAGGGCCCCAGCUUACCCGCAAAUCCCCUUCAGAAUGACGAUAAAGAAGCCAAUGCUGCUCCACA